AUGGCGCCCAAACGGAAGAUCCAUCUCAAUUUCUUUGAGAUGGCUUACAACAAUGCACACAUGGGUCUUGGGAUGUGGAAGCUCCCUCAAGAUUCUCAGCCGACCAAGGACAGCCUGGAAUACUACAUCUGGCUUGCGAAAUUGGCAGAGAAAGGCAAGAUCACUGGGAUUUUCUUCGCAGAUGUCUACGGAGUGGACGACACAUUUCCAGGUCAAUUCAAGGCACAGUUCAAAGCUGGCGCAAAUUGUGCUCAGAUGGAUCCGAUCGUAUUUGUCAGUGCCAUGGCAUCGGUUACAAAGUCAUUGUGUUUUGGAAUCACUGGGAGUACAUCUUAUAUCAAGCCUUUUGUUCUCGCUCGUACCUAUUCCACUCUUGACCACGCCACCAAAGGAAGGAUAGCAUGGAAUAUCGUCACCAGUUACUCGACAUCUUCAGCAAAAGCGAACGGGAAUGACAAGAUCACGGCUCAUGACAAGCGAUACGAGAAGGCCCAUGAAUAUCUAGACCUCGUAAGAUACCACCAAUAUUUUGUGGAAACCCAGGAUGUUUCACUAAUAAAUGAAGGCUGUGGGAAGGCUCUUGGGAAGACGACGCCAAAAUUUCACCGGGUAACUUUUCUGGGAAAUCACCAUAAGACGGCAGCUGUUGGAGCCUGCCACCCUUCGCCGCAGCGAACGCCUGUCCUCUUUCAAGCCGGUCAGUCCACUGCUGGAAAAGCCUUCGCAGCUGCAAACGCGGAGGCCGUCUUUGUCGGUGGAGGGAAGCCCUCGGAUACUGCUCCAUACGUCAAGGAAUUGCGAGCUGCUGCCGCCUCGCAUGGCCGAGAUCCAAAUCAUGUGAAAGUCUUCCCACAAAUGACACCGAUCUUGGGACGUACAGUUGAAGAGGCGCAGGCAAAGUACGAGAAGUAUAAAGCAAUGGCUGACUGGGAAGGUGGAAUUGCCAACCCGAGUCAGUACUUGUAUGUCGACCUGAGCGCGUAUCCCGUUGACGAGCCUUUUGAUGUCAACUCGGUAGGAAAGUCUGACAAUGCAGUUCAUGCUAUCAUCAAUACCUUAAAACGGUACGCAGAUCAGGUAGUUACACCAAGAAUACUGGGUGAGAAUAUGGCUUUUUGUGGAUUUGGUCCGAUGCCAGUCGGCACACCAGAAAUGGUUGCAGAUGUGAUGGAGGAUUGGGCCAACAAUGCCGACAUUGAUGGCUUCAAUAUUGCUUAUGUCUCCAAUCCCGAGUCUUACGAAGAUCUGGUCGAACUCUUAGUUCCUGUUUUACAAAAGCGCGGUCUGAUGUGGGACGACUACACAGUACCCGGAGGCACCUACAGAGAGAACCUCCUCGGUACGCCAGGACAACCAGGAGUGCCUGAAGGUCAUCCUGCGAGACAAUUUCGUUAUGAUAACCUAAAAGAAAAGUAUGCAGAUGAAAAUGGCGAUAUCACGAUUGAUCGGAGGAAUGCGGCGCAGGAACCAGAGGUAGAGACAAUAAUUACUACAUUGAACGAUACAACCCUCAAUGAACAGCCAACCUUGGUCAAAGCCUCGGCCUGA